GGGCCAUGGCAGCGGCGGCGAAUGCAGCCGAGGGGCUCUCGGGUCUGGGGCCUCCCGGGCAAGUGAUUCAUCUGAACGUCGGAGGCAAGAGAUUCAGUACCUCUCGCCAGACUCUCACCUGGAUCCCAGACUCCUUCUUUUCCAGUCUUCUGAGCGGACGCAUCUCAACGCUGAAAGAUGAGACCGGAGCAGUGAGUAGGGGAAGAGCUGAAAUAGGGCGGCCGGUCGAGGGAGGGACAGGACCCCCAGUCAGUCCCGCUCUUUGCUCCGUACAUCGUCUGCGCCCUUUUCCCGCAGAUCUUCAUCGACAGGGACCCCACCGUCUUCGCCCCCAUCCUCAACUUCCUGCGCACCAAAGAGUUGGACCUCAGCUGCGGGAGGAGUUGGAUCGAUCUUCUUGUGGAAACGUCCUCUUCAAUGGUUACCUGCCCCCACCAGUGUUCCCGGUGAAACGACCGAACCGGCACAGCCUGGCGGGGCCCCAGCAGGUAGGGGGACGUCCAGCCCCUGUUCGACGGAGCAACACAAUGCCCCCCAACCUGGGCAAUGCAGGGCUGCUGGGCCGAAUGCUAGAUGAGAAAAUCCCUCCCUCCCCCUCAGGGCAACCGGAGGAGCCGGGGAUGGUGCGCCUGGUGUGUGGACACCACAACUGGAUCGCCGUGGCCUAUACCCAGUUUCUUGUCUGUUAUAGGCUAAAGGAAGCCUCUGGCUGGCAGCUAGUGUUUUCCAGCCCCCGCCUGGACUGGCCCAUUGAGCGAUUGGCGCUCACAGCCCGGGUGCCUGGUGGGGCUUUGGGUGAGCACGACAAGAUGGUGGCAGCGGCCACAGGCAGUGAGAUCCUGCUGUGGGCACUGCAAGCAGAAGGCGGUGGCUCUGAGAUAGGAGUCUUCCAUCUGGGGGUGCCUGUGGAGGCCUUGUUCUUUGUUGGGAACCAGCUCAUUGCCACAAGCCACACCGGGCGCAUUGGGGUGUGGAAUGCUGUCACCAAGCACUGGCAGGUCCAGGAGGUGCAGCCCAUCACCAGUUACGAUGCUGCAGGCUCCUUUCUCCUCCUGGGCUGCAACAAUGGCUCUAUCUACUAUGUGGAUGUGCAGAAGUUCCCCCUGCGCAUGAAGGACAACGAUCUCCUUGUCAGCGAGCUCUACCGGGACCCGGCAGAGGACGGGGUCACUGCACUCAGUGUCUACCUCACCCCCAAGACCAGUGACAGCGGGAACUGGAUCGAGAUUGCCUACGGCACCAGCUCAGGGGGUGUGCGGGUCAUUGUGCAGCACCCUGAGACAGUGGGCUCGGGGCCCCAACUCUUCCAGACCUUCACUGUGCACCGCAGCCCCGUCACCAAGAUCAUGCUGUCAGAGAAGCAUCUCAUCUCAGUCUGUGCUGACAACAACCAUGUGCGGACAUGGUCUGUGACUCGCUUCCGAGGCAUGAUUUCCACCCAGCCUGGCUCCACCCCACUUGCUUCUUUCAAGAUCCUGGCGCUGGAAUCGGCCGACGGGCAUGGUGGCUGCAGUGCUGGAAAUGACAUUGGACCCUACGGUGAGCGAGAUGACCAGCAAGUAUUCAUUCAGAAGGUGGUGCCGAGCGCCAGCCAGCUCUUUGUGAGGCUUUCAUCUACUGGUCAGCGGGUGUGCUCUGUGCGCUCGGUGGAUGGCUCACCCACAACUGCCUUCACAGUGCUAGAGUGUGAAGGCUCCCGGCGGCUUGGCUCUCGGCCCCGGCGCUACCUGCUUACGGGCCAGGCCAAUGGCAGCCUGGCCAUGUGGGACCUGACCACCGCCAUGGACGGCCUUGGCCAGGCCCCUGCAGGUGGCCUGACAGAGGAAGAGCUGAUGGAACAGCUAGAACAGUGCGAGCUGGCCCCACUGGCUUCUUCACGGGGCUCUCUCCCCAGCCCCUCACCCCGCAUCUCUCUCACCAGUCUCCACUCAGCAUCCAGCAGCAUCUCCCUGUCUGGCCGCCAUGGGAGCCCAAGCUCCCUGCAGGCUGAGGCCCAGCGCCGUGGGGGAGGCAGCUUCGUGGAACGCUGCCAGGAACUGGUGCGGAGCGGGCCGGAGCCCCGACGACCACCAACACCAGCCCCCCGGCCCCCCACAGGUCUUGAGGCUCCACUUACACCCCCCAGGGUGAAGCUCAAUGAAACUUCCUUUUAAACACAACUGCCAUUGUGCCUUUAAACACCCUGGUCCUAGGGAACUCAGGUGCCUCCCUGCCUCCUGUCAGAGCCUUGGGUUCAGGGCCAGGGCCUCCUUGGAGUGAUCAUUGUUACUCGGCCCCCACCUUCCCCCUUUUCUGGAAGCCAAAGUCUCCCUCCCCAAUAAAAUCCUCACUGCCAACA